UUGUCUGGGGAAUCUAUGCGGCUCAGAUAGAAUCUGAUUCCAUAUAAUUAUGCAUAGAGCAUAAUACUGUUGUGAAUGGAGAAUAGUUGAUCCCUUUCCAAGAGCAUGUUCACAUCUAUUCAAUGUUUACACAACUGUGGCUUCACGGGUAAGCUGCUAGCGCAUUAUCUUAGAAAGCAGGGAGUAAUUGUUUAUUAAUAAGCUGUGUUAGUUGCCUUGGGGAAGAUAAAGUACGAAAAGAGGAUGCCUCUUUUAUGAAUCUUCACCAAAGUUGUUGCGUAGGAAAAUUCCUUGAGAUUAGCUCCCAAAACAAGCUAAGCUCAGCAACCAGUUUCAGAGAAUAUAUCAAACAGUCGGUAGGGAUGGAGAGUUAAGUUGUCUGGCAAAGCGCCACCCCCCUGCCAACUCCUGCCACCCCCGCUGCAUCAGUGAUUUGUUUCCUGAAUGGAGGCUGGCGCUACAUGCAGCAAGACAAGCAGGCUUUCUUCAUAUGAGAAGCUGGUGGCUAUAGGCUUGGCCCUUCUAGCUGUGAUUUCUCCUCUCUAUAUCGACAGGAGACCGGUGAUUAGUGAUUCAGAACUCGAUGAGGAGCCCGUCAGCCUUGUUCCUUGGCUUCAUCUAAUGCUGUUGGUGUUGAUAUUGGCCAUCACUCUAUCAAGUUACUUGGAACGGUGCUUUACCAGGUCUGAUCCUUAUUGGAUACACAGAGUUGGUGGUUCUUCUGGUGGUCUAAUUGUGAUUCUUGUGCUUCUUGUACUGGUUUUGAAGUGUAAAGCCUCUGGAAAGAGCUGGGAGGCUUAACUGAAAUUGAGAGAGAGGGAGAAGGGCCUUGAAGAUUUUGUAUUGCUGCGUAUGGGGUAAUUUUUCAUAUGUAAGUAAUUAUCUUUUUAGAGAUGGGGGGUAGCUUAGCAGCUCCUCGAAUGGAAUCUAGAGGUUUGUUUACAGCUA